AAACAAAACACAACCCCGUACCUCACCACAAAACUCUUAAUGGAUAUCACAAGUUUUCUUAGAGAUAACAAUCUCUCAACCCCUCUCUUCGUUCUAUCAACGAUCCUCUUCCUUUUACUCAUCGUAAAAAUAACCAGACCAUCAUCUUCAAAGAACCUCCCACCGGGUCCACCGAGGUUGCCAAUCAUCGGGAAUCUACAUCAAGUGGGGGAUAGACCUCACGUCUCAACUGCCAAAUUUGCCAAACAAUACGGCCCUCUUAUAUCUCUCCGUUUAGGAAAACAAUUUCUUGUGGUUGCCUCUUCACCAGAGGCAGCCAUGGAAAUUCUYAAGACCCAAGACCGUUUUCUUUCCUCUCGUGUUGUGCCUACUGCUUUUCAACAGACAUCCCUGAUACCUCACUCCCUCAUAUGGUCAGAGUGCAACCAAACCUGGAAAAACUUAAGAACCCUUUGUCGAACCGAAAUGUUCUCGUCGAAAGCCUUAGAAUCCCAGUCUAGAUUACGGCAUGAAAAGUUAGGCCAGUUGUUGGAUUUCUUGCAUAGAAAGCAAGGACAAGUGAUAAACGUCGAGGAUGUAGUUUUUACUACAUUGUUCAACACUUUGAGUUCCGUUAUAUUUGCAACAGAUUUUCUCGAUCUAAAGGAUGAACAAGGGACCCGUGAUGGGUUAAAAGAGUCGCUACAUAAGAUAAUCGAGUAUGGAGGGCUUAUAAAAGAUUUUGGUUCAUUUUUUCCUAUGUUCGAGAGAUUUGAUCUUCAAGGAAUAAGAAAGGGAACCAUGACACAAUAUAAGAAGACGUUUGCUUAUUGGGAGGAUAUAAUAGAGGAAAGAAGAGCUCGGAUCAAUUCUUCAACAUGGUCGUCAGACCAGGCAGAGUCUUUCGUGGAUCGCAUGCUUGAAAAUGGAUUCUCAAACGAUCAGAUAAAUCAAUUGGUCACUGAAUUAUUCGUAGCAGGAACAAAUACUACAACCACUUCAGUUGUCUGGGCUAUGACGGAGCUAGUGAGACACAAAGAGGUCAUGUCUAAAAUAAUGGAAGAGAUUAAAAGGGAAAUCACCUCCGAUACAAUCACCGACUCACAACUAUCUAAGUUACCUUAUCUACAAGCUAGUAUCAAAGAAGCCAUGAGAUUACACCCACCGGUGCCUCUUCUUCUUCCACAUAUGGCGGCUGAAACUUGUGAGGUUAUGAAUUACACAAUUCCGAAGAACUCCAAAAUAUUCGUCAAUCUUUGGGCAAUGGGCCGAGACCCUAAACUUUGGGAUGACCCUUUAUCUUUCAACCCCGAAAGAUUUAUUGGAUCAAAAGUGGAUUUUAAAGGCCAAGACUUUGAGCUAUUACCAUUUGGUUCAGGGAGGAGGAUGUGUCCUGGAAUGCCAUCAGGUGUCAAGAGUGUUCAACUUAUAUUGGCGUCUUUGAUUCGUGAGCGACUUACAGUGUUUAUAAAUGAUCAAGCACGAUUCACGCUCUUGUCACGCGAUUCUCAAAUCCCACACGAUUCAGCCGAUUUUGUGGAGUUUGUGUGGAGCGAUUCAAGCGAUUCAGGACUGACCUGUGAAGCGAUACAAGCGAUUCAGGCGAUUCUUUGGAGGUUCUCAAAGGCAACAACUUUUGGUGGUUCUAACAUUGAUCCAACUGCUUGGGAGGAGAAGAAUUGUAAAGGUGAAUCUACGUUCCCUGCUUAG